GCUCCUGGGGACCUCUUAGGACCCCCGGCCUGCUACUCACUGCAUCAAGGCCUACCCACUGACCCCAUGCCGGGAUCUCCCCGCCUUCUGUGGCUCCUGGCUGUCACCUUCUCCUUGGUUCCCAGAGCGCAGCCCUUGGCGGGAGACUUAGAAGAAGAGGAGCAAGAUGAGACACCUUUGCCGGCUGUCCCCUGCGACUACGACCGCUGCCGCCACCUGCAGGUGCCCUGCCAGGAGCUGCAGAGGGCCGGCCCGACGACGUGCCUGUGCCCCGGCCUCUCCAGCGCAGCGCAGCCGCCCGACCCGCCACGCCUGGGGGAAGUGCGCAUGGAGGCCGAGGCGGGCCGCGCCGUGGUGCACUGGUGCGCCCCCUUCUCCCCGGUCCACCAGUACUGGCUGCUGCUUUGGGAAGGCGCUGGGGCUCCGCAGAAGGGCCCCCCCCUCAACUCGACGGUCCGGCGAGCGGAGCUGAAGGGCCUGAAGCCCGGGGGCGCCUACGUCGUAUGCGUGGUGGCCGCCAACGCGGCCGGGGAGAGCAGCGUGCCCGGGGCCGAGGGCCUCGACGGUGCGGGCGGCCCCGCCUUCGGGCCCUGCGGCCAGCUGACCGUGCUGCCGAGGCCGCUCACGCUGCUGCACGGGGCCGUGGGCGUGGGCUCGGCGCUGGCCCUGCUCAGCUGCUCCGCCCUGGUCUGGCACUUCUGCCUGCGCGAGCGCUGGGGCUGCCCCCGCAGAGGCCGCCCGAGCGGCGCGGGACUCUGA